AAAUAGAAUUGGCGAUCUAUUGAUCCCAGCCAGAUUUGUAGUCUUCAACCUUUUACUCUAGAUCAUCUUCUUGAUCUUCUUGUUCCACAUAGUGAGCUUCUCUUGCUUCACAAUAUGCUUUGUAGGUGGUGACAAGUUCUUCACAAGCUCUAGAAAUGUGUGCCCAAUGAUCAGACACUCCACAUCGUGAACAUACAUCUCUUUGCUCAAACUUCAUUGAUUGAGGCACUUUGAAAGCUUCAGAUGGCUCUUAAUGUUGGUGGCGCUGACAGGACCCGCCCCAGAUUUCACCUUGAAAUCCAAAGUGGUCUUGCGGGGCCCACCUUAGAAGAAAUUCUACCAAAAAUUUGGCGGAACUCCCUCUAAAAGUGGACUACCCAAAACCUGUAGAAAAACAUUUAAACUUCUAAAAUAAUCCACCAUUAAUCUUCUGGAGCCACCAUGCUCCCUAAAACACAACAUCUCCCAAAACACAAAACAAUUCUGAACUUAAAAAUAUUAAUCUCAUAGGUUAUCAGAGCAAUCUAAUGUACAAGCGUACAAGAGAAUAGAAUACAAGAUAAAGGACCGAGACUUUUAUAAUGCGGAAGCUAUGACAGCUAUGCCUCAACCCCAUGUACGCUCAACCUCAAGCUAAACUGGGCAUUUAAAACCGAAGGGCCCAGGGGAAAACAUUUAAAAACCGUUAGAGUGAGUGGACGAAAAUAAGUACUUUCGAAUGUAUAAGUAAAACUUAAUGCUUUCCCAAGUUAUUCUCUAAAAACUCGCAUGCAGUAACAAUAUUGGAAAUACUCUUAAUCAUCAUCUUUACUGAAAUCUUAAUCACGUAAAAUAGAACAUCUUGCAAUCUCUUAAAAUCUCCAAUCCCUCAUAUAAGUAAUCAUAUUUCAAAUAUCUUGUUAACAAAACCGACAAGCAACGAGAUUUCACAAUAUUUCCAACUCAAUCAUUUUCAAGAAAACUCAUUUGAUGAUUAGAAAGGACUGUUGUCUAAUCAUCUCAUGCCAUCUGGGAGGGACUGCUACCCAGAUGACCCAUCGGAAGAGACUGCCAACCGGAAUAGGAGGCGCUGGGUAGAAGGGACUGCCAACUAGCCACAGGUAGUUAGAAUGGACUGCCAGCUGACUACCUCCUGUCAUCUGGAAGGGACUGCCAAAUGACUACCUCAUGUCAUAUGGAAGGGAUUGCCAACCAGGUAACGCAUCGGAAGGGCCUGCCAACCAGAUUUAGGAGGCGGUGGGUAGAAGGGACUGCCAACUAGCCACAGGUAGUUAGAAGGGACUGCCAACUGACUACCUCAUGUCAUCUGGAAGGGACUGCCAACCAGGUGAUGCAUCAGAAGAGACUGCCAACCAGAUUUAGGAGGCGGUGGGUAGAAUGGACUGCCAACCAACUACCUCAUGUCACAUGAAAGGGACUGCAGACCAGGUGACUCACCAGAAGGGACUGCCGACCGGAAUGUAAUCUGGAAGGGACUGCCGACCAGACUAUUACCUAUAAGGGACUGCUGACUAGGUAAUGUACGCAUGCGCCGAAGAUAGCCUCCUUGAUAAACUGGAAACAACCUCCUCCAAUUACUUGCUUUCGGAAAGAACUCGAUAUUACUUCAAUAAAUCAUUAAUAAUUCACCAAAAGCAUUGCUCAGGAUUAUCUUGCUAACUCAAACCUCAAUAUCUCAAUAAAUCCUCGAAAGCAGAAAUCAAAUACUCGGUAAAUGACCAUAUAAAUCGAUAUUCGAAAUCAUUAAUUCUCACAAUAUUUUCUUAAUCAAUCACUUUCUGAAAAUUAUUUCCCAACUCAAAACUCAUAAAUAAAUAGCUUAAAAAAUCUAUUGAAAGCCCUCGGGAAGGAAAUCCACUAAUAAUCCCGUAACUCAUAGAGCAUACUAAAUCUCAAGAAAUCAAGCUCAUAAAAUCAUAAAACUCAAUAACUCAAAUAAUAAAUUAAACCUCAAUUAGAAAAUAAUAAUAUACUGCAUGCACAUUUAAUUUAAAAUAACUGUCCACUCACUGUACUAUUUAGGCUACCACGCUACCAGUUUCCUACGUCGAGCAAUAGCUCGGCACGUCGCCCUGUAUAUAAUUAUAAUUCAUGAAUAACAAUCCGGAAAUUAAAUACAAUUCCCACAUCAAAUCCUUAUAAAUUAACAUUUCUAUUUCUUCUCUGAAUAAACCAAGACUUUAUCAUUUGCACCAAUUCUUUAAUUGAAGGUUUCUAGGGAAAAACUGAGAGCAAUUUGAUAGUGGAAUUCUCAUAAAUCAAUAGCCAAACUAUUGAACUUCAGAAAUUCCGAUUAAUAUCCAAACCUCCUCCAAUUUCCACUAAACACCUAUCCAUAAAUUCGUAGCAAUAUAUACUAUCCAACAUACCAAAACAACUUACCAGGAACGGCCGGACGCGCCCUCACGCGCCGCCACAGGCGGCUGUGCCUGAGCCCCACGCGCCGCCGGUCAAUCACCAUAUCUGGCUACCAAAUUUUACCAGCAUCAUCAACUCAACAUUCUAAGCGUCUUUCUCAACUACAACAAAUCCAGAAAACGACUAGAAGUACCUCAACAAUUAAGGAGAAGUUUGAACCCGAAUUGUGAAUAGUAACCCAGAAUUUCAAAUCUUCGAUUCUUCCUUCUCGCAUCAAAUCGCUUUAAAAUACUUAGGGAGCAUCAUCUAUGUCCCAAGGCGCUCCCAAGGACUAAGGUUUGUCGUCUGUGGUGGCCGGAAUCAGGAGAAACCGGCGUUGACCUCAAUCUGCUACAGUGACCGUCCUCUUCUUCUCGCUGCUGCACCUUCCACAGUUCAAAUUAAGCUACCAAACGGACCCAAAAAUGAAGAGAAGGAAGAGAGCUUUCCAAUGACAUCUUAAACGUCAAAAUCCGCCGCCAGAUGAAGGAGUUAUGGCCGGAAAAUGGUGAAGAGGUCGGAGAAGAAGAGAGAAUCGGGGAGAGAGAAGAGAGAUAGCUCGGUAAGUUUCCAAAAAUGGAAACUUACCACAGUAACUCGGCUAUUUAUAGACAAAUUAUCAUGAACAGUAACUUUACCUUUUCGCUUAUAACUUUCGCAUACGAACUCCGAUUUUUACGUAUCACAUAUGCACACGCUCGGUUUAACGUCCUCUACAACUUUCAUGAAGGAAAUUUUCUCAAAUUUUGACCCGAAAAAAAAAGUCAACUUUUAGGGCCCCCUAAAAGAUCGAAACGGAAUCAAAAGUAAAUGUGAAUGUCGUUUACUGAUUGAAAAGCUCGUAAACUGGUAAAUUUUGGUUCAGGACGUUAUAGGCGCCACCAACAUGGCCAGAGGCGUUGCCUCUCUCUCUCUCUUUCCACGUUGACCUCUUCGGUUCCAUGUUCACCUAUUUUGGCGGUUACCUUCUUAGGUAGAGUGAUUAUUGGACCAGAACGUCCAAAUGUAUCCCUAAGAUUAGGGUUUCGCUCUUGGCGCCCUCUCUUUGGGGCGCGACUAUAAUUGGAUUCCGGAAUAUGCUUUGUUCCCACGGAUCUCGAAUUAUAGUUCCUCACAAGGAUGUUGUCAUGCUUUUCAGCGACAUUCAUAGCUCCAAUGAGCUCAUGAAACCUUGUGAUCCGUCUUGCAGUAACAUCGAUUCGAUAGUUCUUAGCAACCAUCAAUGCAGAGACGGAGAAGGUAGAGAGGGUCUUCUCAAUCAACAUCGCAUUUGUGAUUUCUUUACCACAGAAUUCCAUUAAGGAUUUAAUGCGAAGUGCUUCCUAGUUGUAGUCAAGAACUGACUUAAAAUCACAGAAGUGGAGGCUAUGCCAUCUCACUUCUAGGUCAGGAAGCAGGGAGUCACGGACGUUGCCAAAUCUUUCUUCGAGUGAGACCCACAGCUUUCUGGGGUCUUCUUCAUUCAUACACUCGUACUGGAGCGAAUCAUCCAUAUGACGAGUCAUUAGGAUGAUGGCUUUCGCCUUAUUUGCCUCUAAGGCUGCUCUAUUUGCUUCCAAAGCUUGAGCUUGCUCAACAGUUAGCACGUCCUAGCUAGGCUCGAGAAUCGUUUCCAGGAUUCCAUCGGCCUUGAGAUGCUGGCGGACAUCACGAACCCACCUGUGAUAUCCAGAGCCAGUUGUUCCCAAUGGAGCAAAGUCCAAUUUGUUCAGGUUACUCAUCCUGAAAGAGAACAAGGAAAAAGGGUUAGUUUCGGAGCGUAAAAGGCUACCACGAAAACAUAUAAAAUUUCUGAGCGUAGUCGCUUGCAAGAAAUUAGGGAUUUUCUGAGCGUAGUCGCUUCCAAGAGAAUCCGAUUCCAAGAGGGGUUUUGGAUUAGAUCGAAACAAUGAUGUAUGUGGUCGAUCGUUUUUCUUCUCAACAAACUCUAAGUUUGGAGGACUCUACAAGCUCCAAGCUUGGAGUGAGCACGAACCCCCACAGUUCGGCUUUUGGUCUCCCCUAUGAAGAAGAAAGGGGUUAGAAGAAGGGAUGUUGGAAGUCCCCGAGAAAAAGAAGAGAAAAGUAAUAAAAACUUCAAAAAAAACAGGAACUUUUAGAAAAGUUUACCUUGAAAAAUUGCCGGAAAUCUUGACCGGAAAAAUUGGCCGGAAAAAGGUCGACCGUCGUUGCUGACGUGGCAGUCUGAUGCUGACGUGGCAGCUGAUUGGACACUGACUAUGUGCCUGCGUGGAUGCUGACGUGGCUCGGGGCUGGACCUCUUCUACUUCUGGGCUUCUAGACUUCUUCCUGCUACUGGGCCUAGGCUGCACAGCUGCUUCUAGGCCGAGGCUUGAUCUCUCUGGGCUGGGCUUUUGGGUCGUCUAUAUUGGGUUUCUGGAGGGAGGCAGAUGCAGACUGGACGUUAGGGCUUCUACUGGUCGGUCUGGGGUCUUAACGGUCGGUUCCAGGAAUGUUGUCACCGGUUCCCGGAUCCUGGGGUGGCGCUGCAGCUUCUGACAAAAGGUGGUGGUGGUGAUCGGUGGAUGGGAAGGAUGCGAAAUUAGGCAGAAGAUAGACGGAUUCUUCUUGGGGGCCGGUUCAGUCACUUCCGGUGGCCGGUUUAGGUCGAUUCCGGCCCGUUCUGGGGUUGGCGCUGCCGGUUUUGGGUUCCUGGGAUUUAGAGCUUCAAGGUGGGCGGCGGUGGUUUAUGAGAUUUGAAGGUUACGAAUUUAGUGUUUCAGGGUUAGGGCUUCGUGCUGAUAACAUGUUGUAGAGAAACGGAAUUGAGAGGAAAUUGCUGUGUAUUCUCAUUGAUAAUAGGGGUAUCUUUAUAUAGAGGAUUACAAUGCAUAGAAUCCGAAUUAUACAAGGAAAUGUAAUCAUACAUUGAAUAGGAAUCUAGAUCCUUCUAAUUUAAUCAUAUUACCAUUAGGUCAAGUAACCUAAGGUUUGGGCCAGACACACAAAUAGGGAUUUAUUUGAACAAUAAAGAAAUUAUUAUUAUCGUUAUUGGUGCAUAUUCGCUCACUUGGUUUGGUUGUAUUCUAUUAGUUAUUUCUUUUUUAUCCUGUAACUGCCACUGUUUUACUUGUAUACCAACUCUUGUAAUAAUCACCAGUUCACAACCUUUCUAAGCGUUUACUCUCUAGUCUCUACUUUGGGAGAGGUGGGCAAAGCGAAACACAAAGGGUACCAAUCCGAACCCCAAAUGGACUCCAUUGAUGUGCUCAUGCUAGUCCUAAAAUCGAUAAGCGCUUCAACGUCCUCAAGCUCUGGACUGUCCCUAACAAAACCCAGUUCAUCAAGGACAACUCCAGUUCCAUCCGAGCCAUCGUCGGCCACGACGGCACUGGAGCUGAGGAAUAGACGGAAAUUCUACCUAAGCAAAAGGUAAGACGAAAACAAGAAAAGCUUGAUGGCUUGAGUUUCUGGAGUUGUGUGUAUGUUCCUUGUCUUCUGUCGAUGCUUCUCUAUAUAGAGGUGGACUUGCUGGACGACCAAGUGGAUGUAAAGUCUUUCUCUCGAACUCAAAUUGCUUGCUUCAAUCUUAUUAGGACUCCUAAUGCAUGUUAAGUAAUAUACUUGAUAUAUAUACUAAAGCCCCACGUCAUCAGCUAACAAAUAUGCACAAUAUAUAUGGCUUCUCAAUAUUUGAUCAUGCAAAAAUUCAAUAAGUAUUGUGCAUGAUUACAUUGCUUUGGAGUGUUUGAUGACCACCAAAAUACAUUGACUUUAAUUAGUUCCAACGUUCUUGCUUGCUGCAUGGAAUUCUUAUCAUGUCAUGAAACUUAAUCUCCUCCGAUACUUUUAGUUGGAACAUAUCUCUUCUUCUUAGCCUCAUCCAUGCUAAUAAUUAAAUAAAUCAUUAGUAAUUAUCUUAAUUUUGUCUUUUCAACGGCUGCAAUUUGAUGGAAUGGAGGUUCAUAAACAUUGUUCUGGAUUGCAUGAUUACGCUACUGGCUUGUGUAUUUUCUAUUGUAUUAUGCAUUCACCGGAAGCAAAGAAUUCUUCUUAUGUCUGAUCUACCAAGAGAGCAGAUGCGCAAGAAGGCUGACGAUAUUGCCAAAGAUUUGAACCAUAUUGAUACCCUUACAAAAAGCUUCUCAUCAGGAUUUCGGGUUGGAAACCGAAGCCUCAAUCAAGCAAGGCUCUUUGGCAAUUUGAUUCAGGCCCUGAAAGUACGAGUGCUAGAAGUUGGAAGUUCAGUCCUUUUGCUGGUGGAAAUUCCUCAAGUCCCUGACACAUUGCAUUGAUCAUCAUUUCCUGCAGUCCUUAUUUUGUAGAGCUGAUGCUAAAGUGAAGGAGUUGCGACAUUCAAUUGAUCUUCUAAAGACUGAAAGCCAACAAUUAGAGAUGACCUCUGAGAUGAAAAGCGUUAUUACCACCCCGCCAAACACACACACCGGUGUAGCUCCUCUCUGUUAAAACCCGAAGCUUCAGGCGCCUAAUUGGUCUUAAUUUCUUCACCAAAAGCAAAAGCAAAAGCUCUUCCCUUCCGUUCUUUGCAGAAUGUUUGGUAUUUUGUACGGCGAGCUCUUCCUCUUGAUCGGAGCCACCGCUGCUUUAGUCGGACCAAAAGAUUUGCCUAGGAUUGCAAGAAUGGCGGGGCGGUUAGCAGGUCGGUCAAUCGGGUAUGUCCAGUUAGCUCGAGGCCAAUUCGACAAUGUAAUGCAGCAAUCUCAAGCUCGCCAGGUUCAAAAGGAACUUCAAGAUGCGCUUGCACAGUUGGAUUUGAUUCGUUAUGAAGUACGAAGUCUGUCGCUUAUAAACUCGGGUCCCAUGACUCGAAAGCUGAUGGAAAAUGCUGGGGAACUUGCCUCUCCACAUAAUGGGGCCAACAGUUCAAUUGAGAAUCCUAAGAAGGAAGUGAAGUUGACGACUAGUGUGAUAAAGGAUAAUAUUAACUUCAGAACCUCAGAAUCACUUAAUUUGCAUACACAAGCCACUGCAUAUGCUAAAUUGGCUGAAUCUGCUGCUGUGAACACUAGCUUCUUGAAAAGUAGUGAAGAGAAAGAGAGACUUAUUGAUGAAAAUGGUCUUUUCACUGUUCUUCCAAUUUCAGCUGAAAGCACCGGAAUGGUACCAAAACGCAAGGAAAACGUUGAAGGAUCAGACAUUGUGUUGGAAGCAGUGCUUGAAGCAGAGGUAGCACGUAACGCCAAAGAUUUCUUCUCACAGGCUGAAAAUCAAAUACAAUGAACAGAAAAGCUACUGGGAUCAAUGAGAAUUGCUAUCAAAAAAUAAAAAGGAAGAGAGAGAGAGAGAUUAUGGCAGUAGAGAAAUUUUGUUCACAUUUUAAAUUGUUGGACUGUUUAUGUCUUGGAAUAUUUAUGGCGCAGGGGAUUAGAGAAGGAGUAUGUAAUAUGUGAAACUUGUUUUUGGCUGUGAUAUUCAACACAUUUUAAAAAUUCUAGCUUGAUUUCUGUGAUCAACUGUUUGGGUUCAAUACUGUCCUUAAAUUUAGUCGUGAAAACCUUAUACAACCUGCAGCUUUAUUUGCUUAUGAAGACUGUACAAUUAGUACCGUCACAUGUAAUUAUAGCACGAUGGUCUGUCAAGUUUAAGUGAAAUGACAAAGAUAGAUUGUCUUGUGUAAUUGUAAUUGUUGUAAGAGAGAAAAACAGUUGAAGCAUAAAUCAGUGAUGUUGAAAAAAAUGGUAAAUCAGUGAUGUUGAAUGUAUGGAUA